GAAAACGAGUCAAUCCCAUUGGGUAAGACCGUAAGAAACCGGCAUAAAAAACUGAACGAUGAAGAAAAUGAGUACCCUCUCGUCGUCAUCAGCCGUUUCAUCCGGCCAUAGAAGCAACCUCCGCAGAAAAUGAGUCAAUCCAAUGUUUAUUUCGGUCAUAAACAACACUCCGCAUAAUCCAAUGGGUACGAAACCGGCCAUAAAAGCUUUCGAUUUUGAGCCGUAGCGCCCUCAAACCCCGCUGGUCUACCCUCUCGUCAUCAGCCGUUUCAACCAUGCUUCUCCUCCUCUGUGACGCCGAGGAGCCUUGGCAGCUUCUGCCAUUAAUCCGCUUCCCACCUGCAAAGGACAAUGGAUGAUUCAAAUUCCCAAAUAUGUGGUAAUGUGGACUCUUUUAUGAGGAGCUAUAAGCUUGGCAGAACUCUUGGCAUUGGGUCCUUUGGUAAAGUGAAACUAGCUGAGCAUGCAUUGACCGGGCAUAAAGUUGCUGUCAAGAUUCUUAACCUCCAAAAUAUGAGAAAAAUGGGAAUGGAAGAUAAAGUCCGAAGGGAAAUGAAAAUACUGAGGUUGUUCAUGCAUCCUCAUAUCAUACGGCUUUAUGAAGUGAUAGAGACGACAUCGGAUAUCUAUGUCGUGAUGGAGUAUGUGAAAUCUGGUGAAUUGUUUCACUACAUUGGUCAGAAGGGCCGUUUGCAGGAAGAUGAAGCCAGGAAAUUUUUCCAACAGAUCAUUUCUGGCGUGGAGUAUUGCCACAGGAAUAUGGUAGUCCAUAGAGACCUUAAGCCAGAAAAUAUUCUAUUGGAUUUCAAUUGUAAUGUUAAGAUCGCCGAUUUCGGAUUGAGCAAUGUCAUGCGCGAUGGUCAUUUUUUGAAGACCAGCUGUGGUAGUCCCAAUUAUGCUGCUCCGGAGGUCAUUUCGGGAAACUUUUAUUCUGGCCCCGAGGUUGAUGUGUGGAGCUGUGGUGUAAUCUUAUAUGCUUUUCUCUGUGGGAACUUGCCAUUUGAUGAUCAAAAUAUCCCAAACCUUUUUAGGAUAAUAAAGAGUGGAAUGUACACUCUUCCUAGCCAUGUAUCACCAGGUGCAAGGGAUUUGAUCUCAAGAAUGCUUAUUGUUGACCCGAUGAAGCGAGUUACUAUUCCUGAGAUUCACACACACCCUUGGUAUCAAGUUAAUCUGCCUCACUAUCUAACUGUUCCUCCACCAGAUCCCAUGGAACAGGCGAAAAGGAUUGACAGAGAAAUACUACAAGAAGUGAUUAACAUGGGAUUUGAAAGAAACAAUCUCAUUGAGUCUCUUCUCAACAGAGUUCCAAAUGAGGGAACUGUUGCUUAUUACCUGCUACUUGAUAACCGAUUUCGUGCUUCCAGUGGAUAUCUGGGUGCUGAAUUUCAGGAAUCGAUGGAUUAUGGUUCGAACCAUACAAACUCAAGUGAUUUUCUUGGAUUACCUUCUUGGCAACACUUUGCUAGUUAUCAACCAGUUGAUGAAAGACAUCAAUUUCUAGUCGAAAGGAAAUGGGCUUAUGGGCUGCAGUCCCAAGCUCGUCCGGGUCAAAUAAUCCCGGAAGUCCUUCAAGUCCUACAUGUGCUGAACGUGUGUUGGAAGAAAAUAGGGCGUUACAAUAUAAAAUGCUUGUGGACUCCCAACCUUCCCGGUCACUAUCACGGAGUGAAUGAUGUCAAGUUUGAAGUUCAGCUGUACAAAACUAAGGGCAAAUUCCUCUUGGAUCUGCAAAAUGUGCAGGGACCAGAUCCCAUCUUUUUGGAUCUUUGUGCUGCUUUCGUCUCGCAGCUUAAGUUCUCUAAAGCAGCAGGAGCUUGUUUCGUUCAAAGUGCUACCCCUUAAUGAAUGUGUAGUAUAGAUGCCGGUAAUAGUGUGCAUGGAACAUUAUGACAAUAUUGCUUGCAUGAAUGUGCAGUGUACAUGCUGGUAAUAUUGUGCAUUGGACAUUAUGGCAAUAUUGCUUGCAUGAAUGUGUAGUGUACAUUAUGGUAACAUUGUACAUUGUACAUUGUACAUUAUGGCAUUGUAUCUCCCUGGAAUAUGUGGUUUACACAGGGGUGGGCCCAU